GAAAAAAAACGAUUGUAUGGUGACUGCACGGUUAUAUAUACCACUGGUAGUGAAUUGGGAUUUGAUUAUUUGCGAAAUAAUUUAAUUACUAACAUUGAGGAAAAAAGAAAACAAGACUAUUAUUAUGCGAUUGCUGAUGAAAUUGAUUCACUUUUUAUUGAUGAAUGCACUAAUCCGCUCAUCAUUUCCCAACGAGCCCAAGGCGAAAAUGUUAUUAGUCCAGCCGAAUAUCAAUUAGCCACUAAAUUAGCCAAUUCUCUGAUAGAAAAGAAAGAUUACAAAGUUGACAAAAAAGAAAACGAUGUCUGGUUAACGGCCAAGGGAAUUAAAAAAAGUGAAAAGUUUUGGCAAUUAGACAAUCUUUUCUCCUUCCGAAAUCACCGCUAUAAUUUUUUACUCCAUAAUGCCCUAAAAGCCAAGCAUUUUUACCAUAAGGAUAUCGAGUACAUAGUCGACCAGGAAGAGCAAAAGUUAGUACUGAUUGACGCUUUAACUGGCCGCUUAGUGCCGAACCGAGUAUACAGUUCGGGUAUUCAUCAAGCUAUUGAGAGCAAGGAAAACCUGCCCGUUAGCACUAAAAGCAAGACUAUCGCGACUAUUACCUACCAAAACUUUUUCCGUCUCUUUGAUAAAUUAUCAGGCAUGACCGGAACGGCUAAGAGUGAAGCCGAAGAAUUUCGACAAGUUUACGGCAUGGAAGUUAUCACCAUUCCUCCCUACCGCAAAUUAAUUCGUAAAGACCGGAAUGAUCUAAUUUUUUGGGACAAAGAGAACAAAUAUAAAGCCAUUAUCAAAUUAAUCAAGAAAAACAGCCAAACCAAAAAAAGACCAAUUUUAAUUGGCUCACCCAGUGUGGAAAUUUCGGAAUACUUGUCCUCUUUGUUGGUUAAAGAAAAAAUAUUUCAUUACAAAUUAAACGCAGUUAAUCACCAACAGGAGGCGGAAAUUGUCGCCCAAGCCGGACAAUUAGGUGCCAUUACUAUUUCUACCAACAUGGCUGGGCGGGGCACGGAUAUUGUUUUGAGUGAAGAAAGCCGAAAAGCAGGUGGUUUGCUGGUAAUUGGAGUAGAGCGAAACACAGCCCGACGAAUUGAUAAUCAAUUACGAGGCCGUUCCGGAAGACAAGGCGACCCUGGCGAAAGUCGAUUUUAUGUCUCCUUAGAGGAUGAAUUAAUAAAAAAUUUUGGAGUUAAAGAGCAAGUAGGAAAAAUUUUUAGCCAAAAACAACUAAAAGAACUUUUCCGCCGUCCAUUAAGCGGAAAGAUAUUUAACUAUCUCAUUUCUGAGCCCCAAGAAACUUUGCGGAAUGUCCAGGCUUCUAAUCGGCAAUAUCACCUUAAUUAUGACUUGCUUAUUAAUCGGCAAAGACAGUUCAUUUAUAAUUACCGCAAUAAGUUGUUAGGCACAGAUGACUUAGCAAAAAUGAUUAAAAAAAAGAACAAAAAAGCCAAAGGGGAAAUUGUACCAAUCGAGCAAGAAUAUUUAAAAGCGAGACUAGUGAAAGAAAUAGAUAACUUUUGGUCAGAAUAUUUAGAAUCUUUAAACAGAAUCCGCACGCUGGUUAAUGCGAGAGUCUACUUGCCCCAAGAACCCCAAGAAGCCUUUUUUUGA